AUGCAAUGCCUCGAAGAUAGGGAGACUAUCCAGAACAACAGUAAGCCCACCUGUCCACCCUUAAUCAAGCAUUCAACUCACCCAACCCAGCUCCCUGGAUCAAAAUCCACCCUCCACACCUCAUCCCUUCAUCACCAACAACAGCAACAAACAGCUCAAUUCUACCUCCCCCAUGAAUCCGUCCCCCACGCCGCCGCAAUCCUCGGCUUCCCUUCGCGACAAUCCGUCUCCAGGGCCUUCCAUCCCGGCACCUGUCGCGAGAUCGUCGAUCUAGCAGUGACGAUCGCCGAGUUCGAGCCCGUCCGGCUGUAUACCCGUCCGGAGGAUAUCGUCUCGGCGCAGGGACUGAUCAAGCAGCGAAUCCAUCGCCACCCGGCCAGCACGAGUCAGUCCUUGUGUCUUGACCAUGACAGCCAGGACAACCAAGAGAAUGGGAACAGCACCCCCGUCCCUGAUCUCCAAUCCCGAAUCCAGAUUAUCCCUUGUCCGACGAACCAUUGCUGGGUACGGGAUACAGGACCAGUGUUCGUCCGUCCGGUAGAUACAGAUCCAGACCUAAAUCCUACUACUUCCACGACAACACAACAGCAGCAGCAGGAGCACCAUUUCGCAGUCGACUUCUCCUUCUGCGAAUGGGGCAACAAACAUCUCGACCCUAUCUUCACACCCCUCCCCGAAGAUACCGACGACCCCAACACUGUCUGGCCCAUCCCCUCUCCCACCACCCUCGCCGAAAACACCGAUUUCGCAGCCCGCGUCAUCGCCUCUUUCUCCCCUUCCUCAUCUUCCUCCAUCCCCAUCACCACCGCCAGAGUAACCACCCCCCUCCGCCUCGAAGGCGGCGGGAUCGAAGUCGACGGCCAAGGAACCUUCUUCGCCACGGAGAGCAGUAUCUUCUGCCCGCAGCGCAACCCGGACCUAACGCGCGCGACGGCCGAGGAAGAACUAACUCGUCUCCUUGGCGUGCGCAAGUUCAUCUGGUUUCCGGGCCGCAAGGGGCUAGAUAUCACGGAUGCGCAUGUCGAUGCGUUGGUUCGGGUCGUCAGGCCGGGGGUUGUGGUUGUUUCGAGACCGCGGGGUUAUGGUCAUGAAUCUCUUGGAGAUGGGAAUGAGGAGACGACUUCUACUUCAACUGCUACUGCUGCUACGUCUACUAGUGGUGAGCUUAGUAGGGUCAGAACACGACGCGAAUGGAAACGCAACUACACCGAAAUCCUCGCAAUCCUAUCCCGCGAAACCGACGCCCUCGGUCGACGAUUCGAAGUGCAUGAGAUCGAGGAACCGGACCCGAAGUAUCUGACAACACAACAACAGGAUACUAGCGCUGCUCCUGAUGCUGUUCCUAUUGCGGAGGAAGAGGAGGAAGAUCCCGCAGCAUCAUAUGUCAACUUCUACUUGGCCAACGGGGCCGUCGUGAUGCCGGUGUUUGGGGACCCCGAUGCGGACGAACGGGCCGUGCGGACCAUGCGACGGUUAUUGCCGGAGCGGGAGGUGCGGACGGUGCGCGUGAACUGUCUGCCCCGGAUGGGCGGCGUGGUGCAUUGCGUUACGCAGCAAGUUCCUGCUCUCUAG